AUGUCCAAGAUCACAGUCGCCGGAGUGCGCCAGAAUGUCGAGAACCUUCUCAACUACUCUCUCAAUGAGAAGAAGCGUAACUUCAACGAGACCGUUGAGCUUCAGAUCGGCCUGAAGAACUACGACCCCCAGCGUGACAAGCGUUUCUCCGGCACCAUCAAGCUGCCUACCGUCCCCCGCCCCAACAUGGCCAUCUGUAUUCUUGGUGACCAGCACGAUCUCGACCGUGCUAAGCACCACAACAUCGAUGCCAUGUCUGUUGACGAUCUCAAGAAGCUCAACAAGAACAAGAAGCUCAUCAAGAAGCUUGCUCGCAAGUACGAUGCCUUCCUUGCUUCCGAGGGUCUGAUCAAGCAGAUUCCCCGUCUCCUCGGUCCCGGUCUCUCCAAGGCCGGAAAGUUCCCUACCCCCGUCUCCCACGCUGAGGACAUGGCCGCCAAGGUCACCGACGUCAAGUCCACCAUCAAGUUCCAGCUCAAGAAGGUUCUGUGCCUCGGUGUUGCUAUCGGCAACGUCGAGAUGGAGAAGGAGGCUCUUGUUGCCAACCUGAUGCUCGCCAUCAACUACCUCGUCUCCCUCCUCAAGAAGGGCUGGCAGAACGUUGGCAGUCUUGUCAUCAAGGCUUCCAUGUCUCCCCCCCACCGUGUCUACUAG